AACUUCCGUUUCACAACCCGGAACAGCGCGUAAAUAAAUCACAAAACUAACAGGAAUAGGAAACAAAAAUAAGGAAGAGGAGCGGACCAAACUCGGGAAAUGAAAAGAUUAAAACGAAAGCAAAGUUGUGAGAAUGCGACACAUUUAAGAGUGAAGGAAUAUGGAGGAUAAAGGACGGGUACAGGUCGAAGGAGACCCGGCGGAAUGGAUGUCCCGUCUGCCGGAGGAGCUGCUGGAUGUCCCGCUGUGGAACCUGGCCAUACCUGGGAGCCAUGACAGCAUGUCCUUCUGCCUGGACGUGUCCUCUCCUGUCCUCAAGUCAGAACCCUGUCUCCUCAGACUGAUGGACAGGCUGCUUCCCUGCUUCACUCGUCCAUGUAUCUACCGUUGGGCCACCACACAGCAGUCUGUGCUCAGUGAUCAGUGUGAUCUCGGAAUCCGGUUUCUGGACCUGAGACUCGCCCGGAAACCAGCAGGAGGAAGCAAACUGUUCUUUGCUCACGGCAUCUACACUGUGAUGACUGUAAAGGAGGCUCUGGAUGAACUGGCGGUGUGGUUGGACGCUCAUCCCAGAGAGGUGGUCAUCGUUUUCUGCUCGCAUUUUGAGUCCCUUACAGACAGCGACCACACUCACCUUGUGGAGUACAUCAUCGGUCUGUUUGGACAGAAACUCUGCUCUUCACAGGACAGGCCAACCCUACGGUCCUGUUGGGUCAAAGGUCAGCAGGUGAUCCUUUCCUAUGAUGACCAGCAGAUGGUGCUGCAGCACCCUGAACUCUGGCCUGGAAUACCGUACUGGUAUGCAGACAGUCCAGACCCUACGAAGGUCAUCAAGUACCUGGAGGAUCAGAAAAGCAAAGGACGACCAACUGGUUUUUACGUGAGCGGUCUGAACCUGACAGAGGACGCCGCUUACGUCGUCCUCCACCCCCUGCAGGACAUGAGGAAGAUGACGCUGAAGGCCCUGUCACUGCUGCUUGGCUGGGCCGCCGAACAGCGACCGGGGCCCCAGGCGAGCGCCAUCAACGUCCUCUGCUGCGACUUUGUGGACGUCAGUCGCUUCUGCUCACUGGUGAUCAGCCUCAACUACAAACUGCUGUGACAACACUUUACUGAAGAAAGACGGAAUGGUGGAAGUUACCAGGUUUACUGAGUCAUCCUGGUGCAACAGUGCCCCCUGGUGUUUAUGGAACGCAGACGUCUGACUAAAUAAAUACAACAAGCACCUUCCCAUCAGUAGUUGGGGAUUUAUAUUUAUUUUAUUUAGUAGUAGUAUUUUUAACUCUAUGUGCCUUUACACAAAUUCAGAGUUGCAUUUUUGCUGCUGUAUAACUUUUUGGAUCAUAUUUUCUUAGAUCUGCCUUAAAUUACAAGUACACAAAUAAAUAUAAACUUAUUUUACAUUAAUUCAAAAAGAUCAAAUUAUCAGAUAAAUAUUAAAUGCAAAAAUACAUAUACACAUGGGAAGAGAAGGAGAAUUUUAGCCUGUAGUUCAGAAAACUGUCUUUGAAGUGACUUUUUCAGCAAAUAUAUCAAUACCUGAAUGUAAAACAACUGUGUCCAUCCACUGUCAUUGAUCCAACU